UUUUCCGUGAACUAGCACCCCCUAGCGUCCCACUAAAACUUAAACUCUCGUUGGGUUAAAGUACAAUAAAGAGGAGACAAGAAAUAAUUGUAAUGAAACAUUAUAUAUAAUAGAGCCCCAGUGCCCAGGCAGCGCACACAGAUAUGAGCCUCACAGAAGUGGAAGGGCAGUGUCCCAUUGCUCAGCGAUCACUUACACCAGCUAGAGAUCAGAUCCUGACCCAGCCUGACGAAGAUCCGCUCAGCUGCUGCCAGUUCUUCUCCUUUAUUUCUUCACGGCGUCUGCGCGUAACUACGCUCCUAAAAGGACUCGCUGGAGUGAAUAAAUCGACGAAUAUCCAGUGUGACGUCUCCACAUGCCGCUCUACCGGAAUGACGGCUUAUGGUUACUAGGAUGCAGCUUUCUGGAAGACGAUGCCUCAGAAAAGUGCAGGCACUGAACUGAAAGAACUGCGUGUUUGGAGCUCAUGAAGAAUAUUUGAACAGUGAAAUAAUGAUCACAGCCACAGAGGAAGUACUGUUAUUCUGUAACAUACACGUUUUGGAACUGUAAUUGAGUCUUUCUUCAGUAUGUAACUCUUCAUGCUCUCUGGGAGAUGGAUAAGUAUGAGAAACUGGCUAAGAUCGGCGAGGGCUCGUAUGGAGUGGUGUUCAAAUGCAGACACAAGGACACCGGUCAGAUAGUGGCCAUUAAAAAAUUUGUUGAGUCUGAGGAUGACCCGGUUAUCAAGAAGAUCGCACUGAGAGAAAUCCGCAUGCUGAAGCUGAAGCAUGUGAAUCUGGUGAACUUGCUUGAGGUCUUCAGGAGAAAGAGACGUCUUCAUCUGGUCUUUGAGUUCUGUGAGCAAACUGUUCUAAAUGAGCUGGACAAACAUCCCAGAGGGGUUCCUGAGGCACAACUCAAGAGUAUUGUGUGGCAAACUCUACAGGCCGUCAACUUCUGUCACAAACACAAUUGUAUCCACCGGGACGUCAAACCAGAGAACAUUCUUCUGACCAAGACCGGUGUGAUCAAACUAUGUGAUUUUGGCUUUGCUCGCAUCCUCACUGGUCCAGGUGAUGAUUAUACCGAUUAUGUGGCAACACGAUGGUACCGGGCCCCAGAGCUCUUGGUUGGAGAUACUCAGUACGGUCCCCCAGUGGAUGUCUGGGCCCUCGGUUGUGUCUUUGCCGAGCUGCUUUCUGGAAAUCCUCUUUGGCCGGGACGUUCUGACGUGGAUCAGCUGCACCUCAUACGAAAAACACUGGGUGACUUGAUCCCACGGCAUCAGCAGGUGUUCCACUCCAAUGUCUUCUUUAGUGGAGUCAGCAUCCCUGAGCCUGAUACCAUGGAGCCGCUAGAGAAGAGGUUCCAUGGUGCUUCUCCUCAUGCUAUUACUGUGAUGAAGUCCUGCCUAGUAAUGGAUCCAUCUGGCAGGUUGUCAUGUGAAGAGCUUUUAGAGCUGCCAUACUUUCAGGAGGAUGGGGGAACGGGAUGGGGCAGAGAAACUGAUCGUCUCCCAAGAAGAUAUGAGAAAGGCACGAGACGCAGAGCUCCUGCGCCUCAAUACUUUCCUCAGCUGACCAAUAGUAACAUCUCACCAGCACCUGAAAUGAAGAAUAAAAACAGACACAAACAUGACAAUCAUCUACCCAACAUCUGACCUUGGGACUGGUGCAAAUGUGUUUGGUAGGGCAAACAUGUUUUCUGUUGAUGCUUUUAUUGCAAGCAAACAACAGACGAUAGCAGAAAUGUUUUUAGAUAGAAGUACUGACACUGUAAUAUUAUUAAUAUUACCGAAACAUAGCUAUUUUAACAAUUAAAGGGUUAGUUCACCCAAAAUUUAAACUCAUCCCCGAGGCGUCCUAGGUGUACAUGAUAUUCUUCUUUCAUAUGAAUCCAGUCGGAGUUUUAUAUAUAUAUAUAUAUAUAUAUAUAUAUAUAUAUAGAUUUUUUUUUUUUUUAAUAUAUAUAUCUUUCAAGCUGUUUCAUGUCACUCAAUGGGAGUUUCAUUCCUUCAGUCCAAAAGACAUGAAAUAAAAAGCUCCCUUCCACAAAAUAAGUAUUUCACACGGCUCCGGGGGCUGAACAAAGGCCUCCUGUAGCAAAUCGAUGCAUUUUUCUAAGAAAAAUAUCCAUAUUAAAAACUUAAUAAUCACUUGAAUCUAGCUUGCACUCACUUUUGUAAAUGGAAGCAGAUCCAGGGUAAUUACGUAUGAGGUCAGUGUUGCGUGUGCACUGCUCAGAAGUGACGCACGCAUAGAUGCAGCGGAGAGAUCAAAACUAAACAAUGGUCACUAAGUACAAAACAAGGAUUUGUAAAGAAGAAUGUCGGAGGAUUUAAAUAUAAGCCAAGAGGAGAGUGGUUUUCCUUUGUUAAAGUAAGGAAACUUUUCUUCGUUUGAUCUUUUAGAUAAACGUUUGUUUUCAGGAGACUCACCGGCACAAUGCUUACCUUCAUAUGUCAUGCUCCUGAAACUGCUUCUGUGUACAACUGUUGGCGGAAGCUACAUUAAAUGAUUAUUAAGUGAUUAUUAUGUUUUGAAUAUGAUAUAUAUAUUUCUAAUUUUUUUUAACUAAUUGAGUCACUACAGGAGGCCUUUAAUUACCUCCUGGAGACAUGUGAGAUACUUUUUUUAUGGAAAGGCUCUUUUUAUUUCACUUCUUUUGGACUGAAGGAAUGCAACAGCCGCCGAGUGCCAUGAAACAGCUUGAAAGAUAAAAGACAAUUUUUAAUAUAACUCCGACUGGAUUCGUCUGAAAGAAGAAAGUCAUAUACACCUAGGAUGCCUCAGGGGUGAGUAAAAAGCAGCCUAAUUUUUGGGUGAACUAACCUUUUCCUGUUUUCGAACUAUUAAAAAGUUUAUAGAUAGUCAUUGAAUCUGAUAUUCUGCAUACAGUAGCCGGAAUUUUUUUUUUAACUCUGAAAUCACACAAAGGCUAUAUAUUAUAUACACAUUUAUAAAUUUAAUACAGCAAAAAGUUCUAAGUGUAUUAGAAAUUAGUGAUAAAAACACAUACUUUAUUUCUGUUGAGCAAAGUGGUAUGUUUUUAGUAUGUUUGACAGGUGUUUAAAGGCCACUAAACAAAAUCUUAGAAAAGAGCUACCAUUUUUUGUUUGCAGAUUUAAUUUGAUUAUGUUAUCUAAAGCAAUAAAAUUUAGAUGUUAAGUGUGAUUUGAGUGUCAAAAUGUCUAAAAAUUUAUUUUUGUGGCCACUGUAUGCAGGCAAGUGAUGGAAGGUAAAAUUGACCAUGCAUUGGACAGAAAGAGUUACGAUAAACUUGACAGUAUGAAUAAUUGUCAGUGUGCUUUAAUGUACUGUAAGAUAGUAUCAGUUCUGUGUGCCAUUAAGAAAAUAUUAUAUCUGCACUGUUUUAGUGUUAUGGAUAAAUAAAUAAAAAUGUGUUUGUUUGUUUG